AUGGAUGAGGGGAAAAAGUUGUCAGAAGUGAAGGAUCUCUACCUGAUUGAGGUAGGAGUUUACUGCUCAUUCAAUCAACUUCUUGAGUGUGGGUUCUAUCAUGCAGAUCCACACCCCGGAAAUCUCUUUCGGACAUAUGAUGGCAAAUUAGCUUAUUUAGAUUUUGGUAUGACAGGUGAAUUCAAACAAGAAUUGCGUGAUGGAUUCAUUGAAGCUUGCCUACAUCUUGUAAAUCGCGAUUUUGAUGCAUUGGCUAAGGACUUUGUCACUCUAGGGCUUCUUCCCCCAACAACAGACAAAGAAGCUGUUACAAAGGCUUUGACAGGUGUCUUCCAAAAUGCUGUUGCCAAAGGAGUUCGUAAUAUCAGCUUUGGAGACCUUUUAGGAAACUUAGGAACCACCAUGUAUAAAUUCAAAUUUAGGAUACCUUCAUACUUCUCUCUUGUCAUCCGAAGCCUUGCUGUACUUGAAGGAAUUGCAAUCAACUUUAACCCUGAGUACAAAGUUUUGGGUAGUACUUACCCUUGGAUUGCUCGAAAAGUUCUUACUGACAACUCUCCUCAGCUUAAGUCUUCUUUGGAGACUCUUCUUUAUAAGGAUGGUGUUCUCAGAAUAGACCGUCUGGAGUCUUUGCUGACAGAGUCUCUCCGUGCCAAAACUAAAAAAGACAUAGUAAAACAACAACCUGAAGGCACUGAUUCGAGAAUGAUUAUGAAGGAAAUACUUUCUUUUACACUAACGGAAAAGGGUGAAUUUGUGAGGGAAAUAAUUGUUCAAGAAUUAGCUAAAGGUUUAGAUGCACUUGGGCUAGCAACCUUGGAAACAGCUGCUGCAAGAGUUCCUUUCAGUGCUUUCUUUUUUUCCUCUUUUAUGGCUGAAGAAGAUAUUAUCAACUUGAGAACCUUCCAACGCCUUAUGCUAUUGCUAUUAGGGUCCAGAAGGAAAGAAGACUCCAACACAGGAAGCAGACAGGUUACUCCUCACCAGAAUCAAAUACUGUACAUGGAGGAACUUUCAUUAGUUUCGGUUCAAAUUGAAUCCAUUCAAGAGAUUCUUCCAGUUUUGUCAAUCAUUCCUGAGCUCCCACCAGAAUCCAGACAGCAAUUACUUCAAUUGCCAACUAACCUGGUUAGACAGUUAAUAUCUCGUGCUGCUGCAAGAACUAUACGGAGGGUGUUUUUGUGACAGAUGUACAGGAGCAGCUUAAAUAUGUAUGUGCUUCUAAUCAAGUGACCGGAGAACAUUGAGACUUAAGUUAUUUAUGACAAGGCCUUUUAGCUUCAUAACGUAUGCUACAAUAUAUUCUUCAUUCAGCAAGAGAUUCUUUGCAUUCGAUUUCAUCUAAGUAUGUAUACCUUUGCUUUUUCAGUUGGUUGUAAUGCAGUUAGGACUCUAUAGAAAACAAAAAUCUAAUAAAAGUAUUCGUAGUUUCUACCAAAUGCAAUAAAUAUAUAGUAUUCCUAGUAAUCUCUUUUUUAAUGGCAUCAAUUGAUGCAUGU